AUGGCCCCGAUCCGGCGCCUUUCACCAGGUGUCUGCUCCCUGGGGGCCCUGGCUCAUCGCCGGCCAGCCGUGAUCAGGCAGGUGCAGCGGGCAUCCCUGGGAGGCCACAGGAAGCCGAGAGAGACUCGCCAGCCGCCGAGGAAGACCGGCCAGCCGGCCAAGCGGCCCGUGGCCCCUGAGUGCCCAGAGGCCCCGGCAGGACGGGCUGCGGAGGACCGAGCCGUCACUGUCACCCAGUGCGCCUUCCGGCAGCUCCUGGCCAGAAGGGAGCUGGCCCGCCGCCAGCGGGUGCACCAGGACCACCAGCCGCAGAGGGAGGCCUUCGUGGCCCUGGUGCGGAGGGAGCAGGAGGCGGCGCGGCGGCGGCGGGAGGAGAAGCAGCGCGGGGCCCGGCUGCGGGAGGCGGCCUUGGACGGCGACGUGGGCGAGAUCCAGGCGGUCCUGCGGGAGGCGAACGAGCUGCUGACCCGCGAGGGCCUGGGCCACGACGAGGCGGGGGCUGUGCGGCGGCGGCGGCAGCGCGUGGCCCUGGUGGAAAGUGAGGAAUGCAGCGGGGACACGCCGCCGUCGGAGGCGGCGGCCGGCGGGCAGCCGCUGGCCAUCCAGCUGCUGGCCGGGCAGGGCGCCAGCCCCGACAGCAAGGGCGCCUCCGGCCGGACACCGCUGUACCCAGCAGCCUCCGAGGGGCACCUGGAAGCCGUGGAGGUGCUGCUGAAGCUCGGAGCUGACGCCCGGGUGUACGCAGACGACGGCAGCACCCCGGAGCAGGUGGCCUCCCUGGACACCGUGGCUGCUGUGCUGCGGUCGUGGGACCUGAGCCUCGCGGAGGCCAUGCUCCAGAACAUGGAGGUCGAGCGGCAGCGCCGGGUCCAGGAGGCGGCAGAGGCCAAGCGGUGCGGCAGCAUGAACCUCAACGUCCAGCGGUCGGCAAGGGCACAGCGGCAGUGGCACGCACAGCUGCAGCAGGCCUACUGUGAGCCCGCCCGGAGGACCGCGGAGCAUGAGGCGUGUGAAACGAGCUGCCCAGGCCGGGCUGAGCUCGCCCUGCAGGCCAUCAGGGACGCAGAGACCCAGGUGGACCGGCUUCGGCUAGAGGCCCGGAAGGCCGAGGAGAUGCUGGCCAUGGCCAGGCUAGAGCUGCGGGAGCAGACCCAGGAAGGAGAGGAGGUGGUGCUCGGGCUGAAAUGCCAGGUCACCGAGCUGCACGACAUCCUAAUGAAGGACGUGGGUGACCGCAUCCGCGCCAACGGCCGGUGGCCUCUUGUCAUCGACCCUUCGGGCCAGGCAUCCACCUUCCUGCGCUACCAGGACACCGACUACGUGGACGCAGUGAACCCUGUGCACCUGUGGCCGGAGAGGAUCUGGCUGGCGCUGCUGGGGCCGCUCAGGUACGGGAAGCCGCCGGUGUCUGCCCUGCACGAGGUGUACCUGCUCCCCGUGGGGCGGUGGCGGCUGGAGGCCGUGGGCUGGGGGCUCCUGGAGCAGGAGGGCUACCUGUGGCUGCUGCGGCCUGCCGAGGAGCCUGAGUACAGCCCCUCGCGGUUCCAGGCGGCGCGCCUGGGGCACUUCCGCGUCGUCUUCGUCACCAAGGCCCGGUGGCUGCCGGCCGAGCAGCUGCAGGUGCUGCUCCCGAUGUGGGUGCUGUGCCCCCGCCACCGGGGAGCCUCUAGGGUCGAGCCCCAGUAA